AUGGCUCCAACCGCAACCACCGACCAGACCUUCUCCUUCGAGAUCGUGAGCUGUCUCCUGGCAUCUCUCCUCAGCUCCGGCGUCACCGUGGGCGCACAACACUUCGCCCUGAUGGCGAAGAUGGAUGGCUCCACCACCAAGAGUGGCUACGAGCACCGCUUCCGCGCCGUCAAAGCUCGCGCCAAAGAGAUCAACGAACAGAUCGCCAAGGGCGAAAUCAACGUCGACGUGACCCCGGUCAAGUCCAAGCCCAAGAAUGGUGGAGGCAAAUCCGCGACGCCAGCAUCCUCGAAGCGCAGUGAGAUUUCUUUUUCUGUCGAGAUAAACUUGACUCACAUGCUGAUUGAUAAAACAGAGAGAGCCGAGGAGCCAAGCGCUGCUGAGUCUGAAAAUGCAAGCUGCGCCCGCGACGAGGACGACGAGGAGACCAAGACGCCAUUCAAGACGCCGACCAAGAAGCCGAAGGUCAAGCAGGAGGCCAAGAGCGAGGAGGGCGACUACCUCACUUGA